CGUAUGUUUUAUAUUCCAUACAGGUGCUCAUACUGGAAAAAUAUGCGAAGAUGAUGAAGUCCCUGAGGUCCCAGCAAAGAAACCCAAAUUGGAUUUUAAUGGACAGUCGAUAUCACUAUCUUCUUCAUUUAGUGGAGCAGAUACCUACGAUACCAGUGUGACCAAACAAUGGAAAUUCAUUAGAGAGAUAACUGUUAAAGCUGAUGAUGAGGACAGGUGUUUCAUUACAGAUUUGUGUAUGGUACCACCUAACCAACUUGCUAUGACUGACCAAAAUAAUAAAUUACUAAAACUUGUGAAUAUCAGUGACGGAAAGAUGACAGGUAGAGCAAAAUUUUGUACGCCUCCAAAAUUCCCAACUCUGUUACCACAGGACAGACUAGCAGUUUUGCUUCUUCAAGAAUCCAUUAUAAAGGUAUUUUCGAUACAUGAUGGAUUCAAAGAAGAAAAUGUCAUAAGAUUAAAUGGUAAAUGCGUUUCUAUUAUGUUCGAAAAUGACGUAUUCUUUGCAGUCUUCCGUUCCCCAGCUGUAGUUAAAAAAGUGAAUAUGAAGGGGGAAGAACUAAAAACGAUUGCGCUUGAGUCGCACAUUCAGGACGUGGAUAAUAAUCCAAUUUAUACAGCUUUGUGUCCAGAUAAAUCGUCGUUUUACUUAUGUGACUGGAAAAACAACCUGCCGUUACGAGUUGAUAUGAAAGGACAUACUUUGGCUAUGUACGAAAAAAACGGUCUGAAUGAUCCCCACGGGAUAUUAGCUAUGUCAGACGGAUCAGUGUAUGUCUGUAACAAGAACAAUCACACUGUUCUACAAAUGAGAGGAGAUUUUACACGAUCACGUGUUGUACUAGGACCCUCAGAUAAUGUGCAAUUUCCAGCAGCCAUUUGUUACAGGCCGGAGAGAAACAUAUUGUUUGUUUCCUCUGCAUCCGCCGACUCGAAUCACAGUUUUAAGCUCAAAAUGUUUUCACUAGAGAACUGUUAAAGACAGUUUAUCUUUACAGUCUUAAAUUUGUCAUUUUGAAUCUGUCAGUAAAGGUAAAACGUAUAAUUACGGAGGAUGUUUGUUUGUUUUGACGGUAGAACGAAAUUCAUCCCACCUAGUGAGAAGCGGUGGCACAGUGUCACCAGGAAGAAAGUAUUUUUUAUCUCCGCAACAGGAACAAAUACAUUUUUCUUUCGUGACUACUUAUGAACUUCCUGAGGAGCGAAAUAUAUGACAUUUAGUUACAAGCGGAAAGACGUCUAGCAUUAGAGUCAAAUUAUCAUAAAAUACAUACGAUUUCAAAUAGUAUGGCUACUACUUUUUUUACCUAUC